AUGGGUGACACACAGCUACCACUACCAUCAUCCUCGAUGGGAGGAGUAUCACAAUUGUCGCAUUCCCCUUCAAACUAUAGGCUCUUCUCUUUCGGAUCCAAUUCUUUAGGACAACUUGGAAUCUGCCAUGUCGAAGAUGCCCGUACUCCAACUGAGUUGUUUCCUCCUUGCCCCUCCGGCAUGAACAUUACAACAGGCGGGAACCACACAUUCAUCUCUUCUAAUGGCUCUAAUGUCGCUUAUGCUACCGGAGAUAAUACAUUCGGCCAAUGUUGUAUCGCAUCAUCUAUCAAGCCUAGUAACGAUAGUUCGCAAUCAAUCACCACCAAGUUCACAACCAUUAUUCCACCCAGUCCAACAGCUCGAUGGCAAGCGAUAAGCUCUGGGUGGCAGUUCUCCAUAUUUGUCUCCUCAGAUAAUACUGUAUACUCGUGUGGCAAUGGCCCUCGUGGAGAGCUUGGCCUAGGGUCGUCGGUUACUACAGCUCGCUCCCUAACUCAAAUUCCAUCAUUCCCGCCACCUGGUACAACAGUUGUGCAAAUUGUUAGUACCGUCGAACACACGUUAGCAUUACUAUCUAAUGGGCAUGUGUAUGGUUGGGGGAACGGACGGAAGGGACAGCUAGGUCUAUUAGAAACUGGUCAGAAACAUAUUUGGGAGCCUACCAAACUUCGGUUAGAUCUACCCGAAGGCUUUGAGAUUGCUGGAAUUGCGGCAGGACGGGAGUUCUCUGCAUUUAUCUCUGCCGAUGGGGAGAUCCAUGUCAUUGGAAGUGACAAAUGGGGCGUCAUAAAAUCCAAGCCCUCGAACAAGGUUUCAGGCUGGAGAACAUUCGCAGCCGGGUGGGGUGCAAUUUAUAUUUUGACAAUCGAAGGAAAAGUAUUGGCUUGGGGUCGAGGGACACACGGCCAAUUACCACCAGAUGAUCUACCACUAUUAGGAAAGCUAGCCGUCGGGAGUGAACAUGCACUCGGAAUUGGAUUAGACGGGAAGCUUUAUGCUUGGGGUUGGGGUGAACAUGGGAACUGUGGAACUCUAAGCAAAGACCAAGGGGAGGUCGUAAGGUGGAAGCAUGAAGUAUCCAUCGACGGGCUUGCCGAAGGAAGUUAUAGAAUCGAUGGCAUAGCGGCAGGAUGUGCUACGAGCUGGGUUUGGACUACUUCGAAGGACUCGGCGGUAUAA